ACUUUUUCUGCACUCGUGGACACUUCAUCACCUUCCUUUUCAAUGCAAGAUACGAUUCAUCUUAGCUGCUCUACCAGACGUUGGUUUCAUUUCAUAUGAUAUGUGGUUCACUUAUUUCCCUUAUCUUCUUCAUUCAAUUCCCUUUCUCUCUUAUAUAUCUUCUAUUCCAUUAUCUCCCCGGCCCAAAUUGAACAAUGUCGGCGGAGCACGAGGCUAACCUAGAGGAUCCGUCCUGGCCGGAGCUCAACUUAUCGGAAUUGUUACUCACUGGCAAAAUCAGGGAUCUACAUGCUGUUAUAGAGAAGGAAUGGGAUACAAUUCGCCGAUCGGCUUGUCAGAUGGCCGCCGUUCGAGCUAUGUGGAGGCACGUGAUCCGCGAUCCACUAGCUGAGUUACUGGCCGGAGAGACUUACCUGAGAAAUCUCUAUGAGAAGAUGAAGAAGGAUCGACUCAACAAUGCUAAGGAAAUCUCCGGAGUGAUUCUCGCGGUUCGAACUCUCUGGAUCGAUUCGAAACUCGAGAUCGCCAUCCGUUCUUUCAAUGGCGAUGCUUCUCAGGUUGUUCUUCUCGGCGCAGGGAUGGAUACAAGAGCAUACCGGUUAACUUGCUUGAAAGAGACUGACGUUUUUGAGAUCGAUUUCCCUGACGUUCUGCAAAUGAAAAACGGCAUUCUAGAUGAAGCGAUAGAACAGACAAACGGUUGUAAACGCGCGGCGAUUAUAUCCAAAUCAUUGAGUAGAAUCGAAGCUGAUAUCAGUGAUGAUAACUGGUUAAAAGAGCUUCUUCUACGUGGAUUCUCGCCGGAGAAGAAAACUGUAUGGAUUCUAGAAGGAAUACUGUAUUACCUCACAGAUGCGAAAGCGAUGGAAGUAUUGAAGAUUAUAGCAGAUAAUUCCGCCAUAGGCGAGACAGUUCUCUUAGCUGAUUUCAUGAACAAGCCAUCAACUAUGCUCUCCAGCUCUGUUUUCCAUUUCUACUGUGAUUGGCCGGAAGAACUUCUUCCGUCCCUAGGGUUUUCAGAUGUGAAUCUAUCGCAAAUCGGUGAUCAGGAUGCGCAUUUCGGUUUAUUGCCUGAUCCAUUGAAUCUGUUCAACAAACUACUCAAUCUGCCGAGAUCGCUGCAGAAUCAUCCCGACGAUGGAACGCCGUGUUGCCGUUUGUACUUGGUGGAAGCGCGUUAUGGUUCACCAAAUCGAUCAUCUUCUUGAAGAAGGUUAUCGGUCUUCUACAAUUGGAAUCUAGGUUUAGCCAUUCCUAUAUAAGCUUAUUUGAAAUCAAAUAUUUUUCUUUUUAUCAA